GGGUGCGGCGCCCCGCCCCUUCCCCCUUCCCCCCUCUCCUCUCUCCCCCCCCCCCCCCUCCCCUCGGCCCGGGCGGAGGGAGCCAAAGCCCGGCCCGGCCGCUCUGCCCCGCGGAACGGACCGCACCGGGCCGGACCGGGCCCUGCCCCGGAAGGGCGGGCGGCGCUGCCGCCGAGCAUGGCGAGCCGCCGCCGGGCCCCGCGGAGCAGCGCCGGGGGGCGCUGACCCGGCCCCGGCGGGCCCUGCGCGCCGGUGAGUGCCCCCCCGAACCCCCCUGCCCGCCCCGCGGCCCCGCCGGGCGCACCGGGACCCCCCCGCGGGACCCGGCCCCGAACCGCGGCCGGGCCGGGCCCUGCCUGUGCCCCCCCCGCCCCGGCGCUGGCAUCGUGCCCCCCCCGCCAUGGAUGCGUGCCCCCCAUCCCCGCUGUCCCCUGUGCUAUGAGCGUUGGCCGUGACGUCCCUGCGAGCAGUUGCAAAUGAAAAUGGAGGAAAUGUCUUUGUCUGGCCUGGAUAACAGCAAACUGGAGGCCAUCGCACACGAGAUCUACACGGACCUGGUGGAAGAUGCGUGUCUGGGGCUCUGCUUCGAGGUGCAUCGCGCCGUCAAGUGCGGGUACUUCUUCCUGGACGACACGGACCCCGACAGCAUGAAGGACUUUGAGAUCGUGGACCAGCCCGGCGUGGACAUCUUCGGGCAGGUCUACAACCAGUGGAAGAACAAGGAGUGCGUGUGCCCCAACUGCAGCCGCAGCAUCGCUGCCUCCCGCUUCGCCCCCCACCUGGAGAAGUGCCUGGGCAUGGGGCGCAACAGCAGCCGCAUCGCCAACCGGAGGAUCGCCAGCAGCAACAACAUGAACAAGUCAGAGAGUGACCAGGAGGACAACGACGACAUCAACGACAACGACUGGUCCUAUGGCUCUGAGAAGAAAGCAAAGAAGAGGAAAUCAGACAAGAACCCCAACUCGCCCCGCAGGUCCAAGUCCCUGAAACACAAAAACGGUGAGAUCGGAGGGAACCCUGAUCCCUUCAAGUACAGCAACUCCACCGGGAUCAACUACGAGACGCUGGGCCCCGAGGAGCUGCGGACGCUGCUCACCACGCAAUGCGGCGUCAUCUCGGAGCACACCAAGAAGAUGUGCACCAGGUCCCUGCGGUGUCCCCAGCACACGGAUGAGCAGCGGAGAUCGGUCCGGGUUUAUCUCCUCGGCCCUUCCGCGUCCCUGCCCGAGGCCGAGGGCGCUGUGGACAACGACAGCUUCGAGGUGGCCGAGAGCCAGAGCCAGGCCCUGAUGAGCCGCCUGCAGUGGGACGGCUCCUCCGACAUCUCCCCCUCGGACUCGGCCUCCUCCAAAGCCAGUACCAAUAACUCCGAGUCCCGCAAGACCAAGAAGAAGAAGCCGCACUUGGGGCUGGUGAGCGGAGCCCCGGGCUUGGGCUCCAGCAAGAAGAAGAAGCCCAAACCCCCCCACACGCACCCCCCCAGCAUCUACGAUGACAUCAACUGAGCAGCGGAGCUGGGGGGGGACACGGACAUGCGGAUGGAUGGACGGACACACGGACCAUUGGGACACAAAGCGGGUACUGGGGGGGAAGGAUGGACUUGGCCAUGGGGGGGGGCUGAAUUUGGGAGCCCUCAUUUGUGCCCCCCCCCCGCCCUCCCUCCGGUGCCUCUAUUUAUUGUUGUCCGUGGGGCUCUGGCUUGGAGAUGGGGGCACAGGUCCCCCCUUCCCUUCCCACCCAGCCCCAGUGGGGGGGCAGCCCCAGCACCCGGCCUGACCCCCCCAUGGCCUGGACCAGCACUCACUGGUUCAGGAUGGGGGGCGGAUGGAGGGGACCCCCCCCCACAUCUGAAGCUGGAUUUGACUGCUGGGGGGGGGCAGGGGUUGGGCCUUGCAGGGGGUGGGGGGAGCUGCAUGCUGCAUCCUUUGUGCUUGGGGCUGGAUGGGGGGGGACCCCCACGGGGGAGUAACAGCACCCCCCCCGUGCCACUGUACCCCCCCAGUGCUAUUGAACCCCCACGGCCACAGAGUAAACCGGGGGGGGCACAGCUCAGCUUUGCGGCAGAGCCCCCCCAUCCCCGUGUGCCCGGGGACCUGCUGCUGCCAUUGGGGGGGUCCUUGGGGCUGGUGUUUAGUGGGGGGCCACACACGACAGGCCCUCCCCAGCCCCUAGUGCUGGGUGUUCUCCAUUAAGGGGCUGUAUUGGGGACAGGCUCAUUGCCACCCCCCUGAUGGGUGUCUGCCCCCCAAGUCUGUCUGUCUGUCCCUGAGGGGUGCUGCUGUGCCCCCCCCCGUGCCGUGGCGGUGAGUGGCUCUGCCUGGGGCUCACAACUUAUGGUGCUCUCGACUCUGGAUUCACUAUUGUCAAACUGCUGCUAAAGGCUCGUGCUGGGGCAGGACAAGGGCUGGGGGGCGCGGGGGGGCGCCACCAGUGCACGCUGAGCUGGCCUUGGCGUGCCCUGGGGCCGAGGAUGGGGGGGUCCGGCCCCCAGGAACACGGGGACCACCCUGGCCCCCCCCUCCAUGGAGGGGACAAAGCCCAGGGACGGGGGGGGGACACGACCCAGCCUGAGCCCCUCUGCUGCGGGCAAGGAGCCGCAAUUCGGGGUCCAAGGGGUGUUAUGGGGCUGGAGGGGUGGAUGUGCCCCGUAUCCCCUCCCUCCGCGUGUGGGCCCCCCCAUGUCCCUGCUCUGUCUGUGCGUGGUCUGUGUCCCCCCGAGCGCAUCGUGGCUGCCUCUGUAAAUAAAACUGCAUCUUGACUUGGUA